UGCUGCCAAUUCAGUUUUCCGGACAACGUCUAUAACUCGCCAUUUGUUUCCAAACGUCAACAUGAAGCAAAAAAUAACAAUGAAGGUGCAUAUGGAGUGCGACAGUUGCAGAAACAAGGCAUUGAAAAUAGCUUCGUCCAUAAAAGGAGUGACUUCCGUAUCAAUAGACGAGAAGGACAAAGAUCGAGUAGUAGUUAUAGGUGAAGAUGUGGAUACGGUUUGCUUGGGUAGGAUGCUGAAGAAGAAGUUCCGGACUGUCACCGUUCUAACGGUGGAAGAAGUGAAGCCCAAACCUCCUGAGAGCAAAGACAAGGACAAGGACAGAGGAAAAGACAAAGAAAAGGAUAAGGGCAAAGACAAAGGCAAGGACAAGGACAAAGACAAAGUCCGAAGCUGUACAAUUUGCAUUGUGCCGCCCUGUAAUCCUUGCCCCACCAAGUGCCCCGGGCAUUGUGACCCUUGUUCAAGAUGCCAUAGCCCUAAGUGCCAUGGUGAUUGCAAGCCAUGUACGAAAUGCGAGAGCUUCAAGUGCCAUGGGGAUUGCAAGUCCUGCAAAAGAUGUGGGAGCUUCAAGUGCAGUGGUCAGUGUGCUUCUUCUAUCUGUGUCCGACCACCACCGUGUUAUGGCCAGUGUCCUCCCUGGAUCACAUGUCCUUCUUGCUGCGUUAAGCGUCCUUAUGACCCUUAUUGUUAUCGUGUAGUUUAUGAUUCAUCCCCUGAGUCUUGCUCCAUCCAGUGACCCAUCUCUGCAAGAAACAUCUAUUACAAAGUUGCUUUAAUAAUAAAAAACACACACACACCCCAUCUCACUGCGCUCUCUCUCUCUCUCUCUCUCUCUCUCUGAUCACUCGCACGUAGGCACACAGAGACCUGUUUCGGUUUGUUUCGCAUGGUUUUAUAGUUUUCUUUCUGCCAGGGUUGCCAAAUCAGCAAUUUGUAUUUCCUUCGAUAAAGCAAAUAUAUAUAGUUUG